AAUAAAGCGCACAACAAAUGUAAUGUGCUUGAAUCAUCCAGAAACCAUACUCCCACCCCACUCCCAUGUAUGGAAACAUUGUCGUUCCCAAAACUGGUCCCUGGUGUGAAAAAGUUUGGGGACCACUGCUCUAAAGAGAGAAUUAAUCAGAAUAAAGCCCAGUCCUUCUAAACUAAACAUCAGUUCCUUGGAGUAUAUCUUCACCCCUCCUCUUUGUCCUUUUGACCAUUCAUUUUCUGGUAGCCUCACUACUGUUGCUAUAGAGGCAGUGAUAUCACCAAUUGUGAUUCUGAUGUCACUGUCCGGUCCCAGCAAGGGGGAGGUACAUGGAAGGCCACAGGAAGAAACAAGAUCUUGAGCUGAGCAAGAACAUCCCAGCAUCUUCAUUGACUUUAAAAGUAUAUUCUGGAGUCUUCUGUGGUUCACUAUUCCAGUACUACAGAGAUUCCUUAUAUUACAUGGCAGGAGGGGGGUAAACUGAGGGAUAGUGAAGACAACAGUAAAUUAAUCAAGAGCUUUCCUCAUAUCUCAGAACCUAUCCUCAGUAAGAAUGUCAGAAAAGGUUGACUGGUUACAAAGCCAAAAUGGAGUAUGCAAAGUUGAUGUCUAUUCUCCUGGAGACAACCAAGCCCAGGACUGGAAAAUGGACACCUCCACGGAUCCUGUCAGAGUGCUCAGCUGGCUCCGCAGAGACCUGGAGAAAAGUACAGCAGAGUUCCAAGAUGUUAGGUUCAAACCCGGAGAAUCAUUUGGUGGGGAAACGUCCAACUCCGGAGACCCACACAAAGGUUUCUCUGUAGACUAUUACAACACCACCACCAAGGGCACUCCAGAAAGAUUGCAUUUUGAGAUGACUCACAAAGAGAAUCCUUGCCAGGGCCCCAGGGCCCAACUUGGCAAUGGGAGUUCAGUAGAUGAAGUUUCCUUCUAUGCUAACCGCCUCACGAAUCUAGUCAUAGCCAUGGCCCGCAAAGAGAUCAAUGAGAAGAUCGAUGGCUCUGAAAACAAAUGUGUCUAUCAGUCAUUGUACAUGGGGAAUGAACCCACACCCACCAAAAGCCUCAGUAAGAUAGCAUCAGAGCUUGUGAAUGAGACCGUCUCUGCAUGUUCCAGGAAUGCUGCCCCAGACAAGGCUCCUGGCUCUGGAGACAGAGUCUCAGGAUCAUCACAAAGUCCCCCAAAUUUGAAAUACAAGUCCACUUUGAAGAUCAAGGAGAGCACCAAAGAAAGACAGAGUCCAGAUGACAAGCCUGCUUCUAAGAAGUCUUUCUUCUAUAAGGAAGUGUUUGAAUCUCGUAAUGGAGAUUAUGCCAGAGAGGGUGGAAGGUUCUUUCCUCGGGAGAGAAAGAGAUUUCGAGGGCAGGAAAGGCCUGAUGACUUUACGGCUUCUGUUAGUGAAGGGAUCAUGACCUACGCUAACAGUGUGGUGUCUGAUAUGAUGGUCUCCAUCAUGAAGACACUGAAGAUCCAAGUGAAAGACACAACCAUUGCUACCAUCCUACUGAAGAAGGUUCUGCUCAAGCAUGCAAAAGAGGUGGUCUCGGAUCUCAUCGACUCCUUCAUGAGGAACCUCCACAGCGUCACAGGGACCCUCAUGACUGACACACAGUUUGUCUCGGCUGUGAAAAGAACUGUCUUCUCUCAUGGAAGCCAAAAGGCCACAGAUAUCAUGGAUGCCAUGCUAAGAAAGCUGUACAAUGUAAUGUUUGCCAAGAAAGUCCCUGAGCAUGUCAGGAAAGCCCAAGACAAGGCUGAGAGUUAUUCCCUCAUCUCAAUGAAAGGAAUGGGUGAUCCUAAAAACCGAAAUGUGAACUUUGCCAUGAAAUCUGAAACUAAAUUGAGAGAAAAAAUGUAUUCUGAACCCAAAUCAGAGGAGGACACUUGUGCCAAAACUCUGGGUGAGCACAUUAUCAAAGAGGGGCUUACCUUGUGGCAUAAAAGUCAGCAGAAAGAAUGUAAAUCUCUAGGUUUCCAGCAUGCAGCAUUUGAAGCUCCCAACACACAGUGUAAGCCUGCAUCAGACAUUUCCUUUGAGUACCCUGAAGAUAUUGGCAACCUCGGCCCUCCUCCAUAUCCCCCAGAGAAACCUGAGAAUUUUAUGUAUGAUUCAGACUCCUGGGCCAAGGACCUGAUCGUAUCUGCCCUACUUCUGAUUCAAUAUCACCUGGCCCAGGGAGGAAGAAGGGAUGUGCAGAGCUUCCUUGAAGCUGCUGGCACCACCAACUUUCCUGCCAAUGAGCCUCCUGUAGUUCCUGAUGAAUCCUGCCUUAAGUCUGCUCCCAUUGUAGGUGACCAAGAACAAGCAGAAAAGAAGGACCUAAGGAGUGUUUUCUUCAAUUUCAUCCGGAGCUUACUUAGUGAGACCAUUUUCAAGCGUGAUCAGAGCCCUGAACCCAAGGUGCCGGAACAGCCAGUUAAGGAAGAUAGGAAGUUGUGUGAAAGACCAUUAGCCUCUUCUCCCCCCAGACUACAUGAAGAUGAUGAGACCCCUGGUGCCCUUUCUGGGCUGACCAAGGUGGUUGUCAACCAGAUAGAUAGCCACAUGAGUGGGCAGAUGGUAGAACAUCUGAUGAACUCAGUGAUGAAGCUGUGUGUCAUCAUUGCUAAGUCCUGUGAUUCUUCGUUGGCAGAGCUGGGAGAUGACAAGCUGGGAGAUGACAAGUCUGGAGAUGCCAGUAGGCUAACUUCGGCCUUCCCAGAUAGUUUAUAUGAGUGUUUGCCAGUCAAGGGCACAGGGUCAGCAGAAGCUCUCCUGCAGAAUGCCUAUCAAGCUAUCCAUAAUGAAAUGAGAGGUAUAUCAGGACAGCCCCCUGAAGGGUGUGCAGCACCCAAGGUGAUUGUCAGCAAUCACAACCUAACGGAUACAGUUCAGAACAAGCAACUCCAAGCCGUCCUUCAAUGGGUAGCUGCCUCUGAGCUCAAUGUCCCUAUUUUGUAUUUUGCUGGUGAUGAUGAAGGGAUCCAGGAGAAGCUACUUCAGCUCUCAGCUGCUGCCGUGGACAAAGGAUGCAGCGUGGGCGAGGUUCUGCAGUCGGUGCUGCGCUAUGAGAAGGAGCGCCAGCUGAAUGAGGCGGUGGGGAAUGUCACACCGCUGCAGCUGCUGGACUGGCUGAUGGUGAACCUGUGAUCGGCAACCCCACUGCUUUCCCCUCUUCUGGCAGCAGGGCCGGCCCUUAUCCCCGCCCUUCUUUCUCACUUUCAUAUCUCCCCUUCUAUAUCCUCACAGAGCCCUAACAUUAUCUUCCUACCACUCUCAUCAAAGACAUGUCAUCUUAUGCUAGUCACUGGAUUUUGCAGAUUUUCCCGUCCAUGCGAGCAAGGACGUAAAAUUACAAUUAAAUUACAAUUAAAGGGCU